GCCGGAUCGUGGAAGUGAGUGGGAAUCGGCGCUCUCCGAAUGGAAAUCCUCUUCUUCAUUCACUUUUUGGCUCCUUAAAGAUUCAUGCCAAAUAGUCAGAGAAAGUGGAAUCUAGACUCAAAUACUCUACGUUUCCUGUAUUUUGUUUAACAGAUAGAAAUAUCUUGUUUCCAAACUAAAGAAAUUUACGUGCCGUACAGUCUUACAGGUAGUUUCUUGCGUGCAUGCUGGUGGUGAUUUACUGUUGCACUUAUGUGUCAUGUUGUGUCUCUGAGUAAUACUUUUGUGUCUUUAUUAGAUUUAGAGUUGAGAAAAAUCACAUUUCUAGGUAGGGUGUCAGGUAAUGAAUAUUGAUGAUGUGAUAGUAAAAAGAUACAGUGUGCUUAAAAUAUUUGUAGUCUCUCCAAAAAAGUUUUGACUUGAAUACCUGAAAAUAUCUCAGAGUGAAAAUUUUAAUUUUGAAUUUUAUCUUUUGCAGAAUUUUUGAUUUAAUUUUAUUUUUAAAACAAUGAUUUAAUUUUAAAUACUUUUUGUGUUCGAAUAGAUUUAGCUCCAAUCAUCAUGAGAGUUAUAAACAAUUAGUCGCUGCUGAUUAUAAUAAUUAUGAAAUAUUUUUAUUAAGUCAUUUUCAGAAUAAUAGGCUUUUUCUUGGAAUAUAUUGCUUCAAGACGUACAUUAAAAAGAUAUCAUACCAUAGAUUUAUUUUCUCUUGGAAUUUAUUUCACAUUUGGUUUUGAAUAGUUUCUUGCUUAUUUAAAUAUUAAAGUUGCUUACCUUAUGGUUCUCUGGCUUUAUAAGUCCAAGAAAUAACAAAAAAAUAGAUGAGUGAUUUGUAAAUGUUUUUGACAUGUAAGUAAAAAGUAAUUUCAUUUAACAUUAUAAAUAAAAUGGAUCACACAAUGAUCAACACAAUAGGAAACUUGCCUAGGAAAAAGACAACUAAUUUACUCCGUUUUACGAAAUUAUUCACCGGAAUUUCUUUAAUAUUUUUAAACACCAGUGGAUGUAGAUCUGACUCUAAUCCGAAACCAGAGCCUAUGAAGUACCAACCAACUGAGAGCAUUGUUGCGACUAAGUAUGGCUCUCUGAGAGGAGUAGUCGAAAUUCUCAGCAAUAAAAACUUGCAACCCGUUGAAGUGUUCCUAGGGGUACCCUAUGCAGGUGUGCCACUAGGGUCUUUACGGUUUUUACCUCCUGGAACACCACCACAGUGGCGAGGUGUCAGAACUGCCGACCAUUUUAUGCCUGUGUGUCCUCAAAAACCACCAGACAUUAGCAAUGAAACAGAAGCAUUAAAACGCAUGCCACCUGGACGAUAUGAAUACUUAAAAAGACUUUUGCCAUUCUUGGCAAAUCAGAGCGAGGAUUGCCUUUAUUUGAAUAUCUACGCACCAGCUGGAAGCCCAAGAAACUCUAAAUCAAAAAUUCCUGUCAUGGUAUUUAUUCAUGGAGAGUCAUAUGAUUGGAAUUCCGGAAAUCCAUAUGAUGGCAGUGUAUUGGCCAGUGCAGGCAAUGUAAUUGUCAUCACCAUUAAUUUCCGACUUGGAAUAUUUGGUUUCUUACCAGCUGUUGAUGGCUCUUCCAGAGGAAAUUAUGGAAUUAUGGAUCAAGUAGCAGCUUUGCACUGGAUUCAAGAAAAUGUUGCGGAAUUCGGGGGUGAUCCAAAAAAUGUAACAGUCUUUGGACAUGGACAUGGAGCAGCUUGUGUUAAUUUGUUAAUGUUAACUCCCUUGACUAGAGGUUUAUUUCAACGUGCAAUUCUUCAAAGUGGCUCUGCACUAAGUCCAUGGGCUAUCGCUAGGAACUCAUUAGCUUAUACGCGUCAAAUAGCUAAGAACUUGAAGUGUCCAACAGAAGAUAGUUCUGUUCUGGUGGAGUGUCUCCGUCAACGUCCAGCUCAAGAUAUUCUAAAUGUUCACCUCAGUGUUCCCGAUCAUCUGUCUGCUUUUGGUCCCACAAUAGACGGUGUUGUUGUACCAGGAGAGCCAGCCGAUUUAAUGGAAAGGCAAACUGACCACUUCGGUCAGUAUGAUUUGUUGUUUGGUAUGACUAGGAUAGAAGCAUACGACCAGUUCUCCAGUGAGGAAGAUAAAUCUGGUAUUGAUGUCCUCAGAAGAGACCGUCUCUUAAGAACAUUGGUCAGAAACUUGUUCACGUACCAUUUACAAGAGAUUUUUCUCACAGUAGUGAAUGAAUACACAGACUGGAGCAAACCGGACCAACACCCUAUAAAUGUUCUAGAUUCUACAACUGAUGCCAUGAGUGAUGCUUUAAUUAUUGCACCUUUGGUUAGAACUGGUAACUUUCAUUCCAGGGUGCAUUAUCCCAAAAAACCUAAAACUUAUCAGUACGUCUUUACUCACAUGAGUGAAGAGGCUGGUUAUGGUCAAAGGUUGGGUUGCGUUCACGGUGAAGAUCUUGUUUACGUUUUUGGUGCACCUUUGGUCAGUUCGCUAUCUUAUUUUCCCAGAAAUUUUUCGAAGCCUGAGAGUACCUUGUCUGAAGCUGUGAUUCAUUUCUGGAGCAACUUUGCCAAAUAUGGGAAUCCUAAUGAUCCAUUUCAAGAAAACGAAAUCAAUGAAAAAAGUAGAGGUAAACCUGAGAAACUUUGGUGGCCUGAAUAUAAUGAUACUCAUCAAAAAUACUUAUCAAUAGGUCUGAAACCAAAACUACGCGAUCACUACCACGCUCACAGAUUAUCUUUUUGGUUGAAUCUCAUCCCAACACUUCACAGAGCUGCUGCUUCCGAAGCUACUACAAGCCAUCAUCUCUUAGAAGACCAUGAUAAUCCACAUACCUAUGAUGGAAUUGUUAGAAGCAGAAGUCCAGGUGACAUAGUUGUUAUGACAACAACAUCAACAAUGCCACCACUUCCAUCAACUACCACCAAGGGUGGUGGAAUCAACACCAGUGCAUAUGCUACUUUAAUAAUAUUAGAAGAGAGGCCAACUGCGGCCACUAAGUCCAUGAAUAUAUCUGAUUCUCUCGCCAUGAUCUUCCAACAGGGGGCUUACUCAACUGCAUUGACUGUCACAAUAGGCAUAGGCUGUUCUCUUCUCAUUUUGAACAUAAUCAUAUUUGCUGGUGUUUAUAUGAACAGAGAAAGAACAAUUCAACAUCAUGUAGAUUAUAAAGAGAGAUCUUAACGCAUGAAAACAGAGACAAAGAAAAAAAUCCAAAUAAACUAAAUAAACUGGUAUAGUGAGCUGCUUAACUCAGAAGCUUACUUUUAUGGUUGCUUGAUUGGUGACCAUUGGCGAGCAAAAUUUUUUAUUGCAAAACUCUUUUGCAAAUAAAAUAUGGAAAAGCAAACAUGUAUUAUAAAUAAGCUGUGCUAUUUUAUUGUGGUAUAAAAUGAACAAGAGAAUAGGUAACAUAAAAAUAAAAGCGAAUAGAAAUUGAAGCUUUGCAUAUCGAGACACCAUUCUCAAAUUAUGCUAUCAAAUGCUGAACUUUUAUUAAAAAACAGUGCUUAUUUAACAUGAAUUUUAUACGUUUUGGUUCGAAAUAAAAUAUUUGUAACCAUGCAAUACUUAAAAAGUUUGUGUCUUGCUCCCGUAUUGUACAUAUGAAAGUGAAGUUUUAUUCUGUACCAUGUACAUAUAAGAACACUCAUGUGUUAAGGGGAAUUAAAAAUCAAUUUCAGUUGAAAACAUAUAUUCAAACAUAUACAGCGAUGUUAAAAAUGAUGGUCCUUGUAAGUGAUAUAAAUUAUAUCUUUUGAUUUCAAUUGGAUUGUUAUUCGAAUGUUUCAAAUUUGUUACAAAAUCUGGAUUUGUUAAAAAAAAUGACUAUUCAUUUGUUUAAUAAAAUGUUUGUUGAAAAUUAGGCUUUC